GGGUCCGUUCUGGACAACAGCCCAAAAAAAUGUAAUAAUUGAUAUUGAAAAGUUGAAGUUCUUAACUAUUACGGCAGGUGGCGACCUCUGUGAAAAUGUCAUGUCUGCAACUGUUAGCAGGAAAAUGUCAAAGAAGAAGAACAGCAAAAAGCAGCAUGGCGGCUGACAUGAGAUUACCAGCCAUUAGAAAACUAGAAUCUCCUUCUCUUUCCACUGGAGACAGAAGAGAUUUGGUCGUGCCCGGCGAUGUGAUCACGUCUGACUCGGGUUUCAUGAGGGGUCAUGGUACUUAUGUGGAUGAGGAGAAACUGACUGCUUCCGUGGCUGGAGAAGUGCAGCGAGUGGACAAACUCAUUUGCGUGAGACCUCUCAAGACUAGGUUCAACGGGGAGGUUGGCGAUGUCGUCGUUGGCAGAAUCACAGAGGUGCAACAAAAACGAUGGAAGGUGGAGACAAACUCCCGACUGGACUCCGUCCUUUUGUUAUCUUCUGUCAACCUGCCUGGAGGAGAGCUGAGGAGAAGAUCGGCAGAAGACGAGCUCACCAUGAGAGAAUAUCUACUCGAGGGAGACCUCAUCAGUGCAGAGGUGCAGUCUGUCUUCUCCGACGGGGCCUUGUCACUUCACACUCGUAGCUUAAAGUAUGGGAAACUCGGCCAGGGGGUGCUCGUCCAGCUCUCGCCGUCUCUCAUCAAAAGACAAAAAACGCAUUUCCACAACCUGCCGUGCGGCGCCUCCAUCAUCCUUGGCAACAACGGCUUUGUGUGGCUUUAUCCCACACCGGGACAGCAGGAAGAGGAGGCCGGGGGCUUCUACACCAGCCUCGAGCCUGUCGGCCUGUCGGAUCGCGAGGUGAUUUCCCGGUUAAGGAACUGCCUGCUGGCUCUGGCGGCGCACAAGGUUCUCCUGUUCGACACCAGCGUUCUCUACUGCUAUGAAUCUUCACUGCAACACCAGGUUAAAGACAUUCUGAAACCAGAAGUGAUGGAGGAGAUUGUGAUGCUGACACAACAGAAGCUUAUUGAACAGGAAGGUUAAAUCGGGAGUCGUUCACAGCCGCCGUUGAGUCACAUGCUGACCAAAUCAACUUUGCAAACAUUUCCCGUUUUUGUAUGUUCUCUGCUGUUGGAACUCCAACAAGUAAAAACUCUUCUAAUUGUGCCUUUGGAAGAAAAAAAAAAAAAAAAAAACAGUAUGUUUGGAUGCAAUAAAAUGUCCUGUGACCUUUUUUUUUUUUUUUUUUUUUACUGUGGUGUGACUCAUUGUCAAUGACUGCUCCGGUUAUGUUUGUGUACUGUUAAUAAAACUGUACAUACACUUGC